GUGUGUCUGUCGCUGAGUGAAAAACGUUGGUGUUUCCAGUGCGAUGAAGACGCAGAUGACAGUUGUUUUCUUCUUCAUAGUCAUGAGCUCAUCUGCUGCUGACAACGUGACGAGGAAGCUGACAGCCACUGAAGGAGGAAACAUCACUCUACCUGUCCCUGUCAGCGAGUUUGGAUUUCUUUUAUUUAGAGGAAAAAUGAUUGCUAUGGUGAGAGAUGGAAAUCUGGAAAUAUUUUCGAAAAACAUUUCCAGUGACAGAAUUCUGUGGAACAAAAGCACUGGACUGUUUACACUCACAGGAUUACAAAGAAACAAUACAGGGGAUUAUUUUAUUACCUUUCCCAAUGAUGGCAUUCCCUCUGCAUUUAAACUCAAAGUUUAUGCGAGCGUCCCAGUGCCAGCAGUGACCAGAGAGAGUGUGAGCGCUGACAGCUGCACUCUGCUGUGUUCUGUGGACGCAGCUGAAGAGACGACGCUGUCGUGGAACAGAGACGAGCAGAUAGUGAACAGCAGCAGCUCUGCUCUCCCUCUGCCACUCACUGUGCAGCUGCAGGACUUCAGCUCUCAGUAUAACUGUGUGGCUGAGAAUCCUGCUGAGAGGAAGAGUCACGCGCUCACUGUUGAGACUCUGUGCAGCACAGACACCACAGAUGUCAACAACAACAACAGACACUGUGAGGACAAACUUUGAU